CUGUAUUUUCUACGACUCGGUGAUGACACACGCCUCUUAGAUUCUGUGGAUCUUUUAUAAGAGUUGAUUUAUAGUGCAUAUGAAAAAGCUAGUUAAUUUUAUGUAUUUUCAUUCACAAACACCAUUGUUUUGUAAUCGAAUUUGAAAUUAUUAUUUUGCUCCAUUUUUUGCUAUGGAAUAAUGACCUAAUUCAGUUGCUUAUUUUUGCUGGUUGAAUUAUGGAGUUAUGGCUUUUUUCAUUUUGAAGUUCGAAUCUUGGUUUAAAAUGUGUCGAAUCUUUGUUGAGUUUGGCCAAAAGUAAUAAACUGAGGGCCAAUGCAUAUUCUUUUUAGGAUGAGAAUAUUUGAAUUUUAGGAUGUAGCCUGGAAGUUUUGAUGUAGAAAUUUCUGUUUAAAUAGGUAGGGCUUUCAGCAGUGAUUUAGCUCCUCGCAUACAUAGUUCAUCUGCUUUUUCCUCCCUCAGUUUCGUGUUUGGUUCUAAUUUGUGUGGUUGAAGGAAGUCCUGUUGUUUUGAUAUUGGGAUUUUAGAUGCAAGGCAAUAGUUUAUUUUUGUUGUAAACUACAUUGGAUAAACAUCUUGUGUAAUUUGUAUGCUAUAGUUGUUCGAAAUCAAGCAUUAUGGAACAACUCUACUAAGAGAAUGAAGGCCAAGAGUGUUUUCUAUUAUGGAUGAGAAUUCCGACUUUCUUGAGCUUGGGCGAGAUUUUUAGCGUGGGUUUUCUUGUUGAAGAUGUCAUUAGUGAGGUUUUAAUAAGUACUAUAGAAGUUGUGCACGUUGGCAUCGUAUCCCAAACUCAAUACAUACUAGUGGAUUGAUUGAAUGUACUUGUCUUCCUUAGCAUGUUGGCAUUUGCAUAUUAUACCGAACUGUGUUUUGAUAAAGUAAGUCUUAAAAAAUUCUGUGCUGACCAAGAUUUGGUAAUAAUGCAUUUCUUUAUCGGCUGCAUGUGACAAUAUGUAAAAACUACGUAACUCUUGAUUUUUCUGUUUCAGGUAGAGGCGUGCUUCAGCUUUCAUUGUUCAUUUAUUUAGAAGUUGAGAGUGGAGAAUUACCACCAUAAGAUAAUACAGCUUCAUGGAGAACUGCUCCCGGCUAGCUUCUUGUUAAAAUGAAGAACGUGCAGGAUCAACAGAAAUUACAGGACAUAAAGCCUAAUAUUAUUUCACAUGAUUCCCGAACUGAGCCACCAGCUAAUGCCACCGAGGCAGCUAUACCAGACUCAGGUUCCGUCUCGGCAUCAAGCAAUGACAACAGAAAAGUAUCCCGUGGGGAUAUCGAACUUGUUCAGAAUUUGAUAGAGCGAUGUCUACAGCUGUAUAUGAAUAAAGAUGAGGUUGUAAAGACCCUCGUCAACCGUGCUAAAAUAGAUCCCGCUUUCACAACAUUAGUGUGGCAGAAGUUAGAGGAAGAAAAUGCCGACUUCUUCCGGGCCUACUACAUAAGGCUUAAGUUGAAGAAACAAAUUAUCUUAUUUAACAACUUGCUAGAGCAUCAGUAUCAUCUAAUGAAAUAUCCCGUGCCUUCAAAGGUUCCGUUAGCUCCCAUGCAGAACGGGAUUCAUCCAAUGCCUGCCAACAACUUACCAAUGGGAUACCCCGUUAUACAGCAUCCCCCUGUUCCAGCUAAUGGUCAACCUCAUAUUGAUCCUAUGGGCUAUUCGACAUCUAGCUGUCACAUUGUCAAUGGCGUUCCUGCCCCAGGAAAUUUUCAUCCUAUGCGAAUGAAUUCUGGAAACGAUAUGGUGAUCGGCACAAAUACAGCCGAUGUAUCCCCCAUGAUGCCACCAAACAAUGCAAUGUCGUCCAUUUCGGAUAUACCCAUAAGCCCAACCUCAGUGGCAUCGAGCGGCCAUUUCCCAUUUAGUGCAUCGGACAUGGGGGUCGACGCUUCUGCACUCGACACAGCUUUUACAUCUGAUGUGGCAAGUUCAGUAGGACUACAGCUUCCUCCGGAUAAUGGGGUUGGAAACUCUAGAGAUUCCCUCAGAUCCUUGGCUCAGAUUCCGUGGAAUUUUAGCCUUUCAGACCUAACAGCAGAUUUAUCGAACUUGGGAGAUUUAGGAGCGCUCGGAAACUAUCCCGGUUCUCCAUUUUUGCCUUCUGAUUCCGAUAUUCUGCUUGAUUCUCCAGAACAAGAGGAUAUAGAGGAGUUCUUUGUCGAUUCUGAUUCUGUGCCAGGGCAAUGCCUGCCAGCAGAUGAGGAGAAGUCGUAGCCAGGGGAGCUAAGGCGAGGCAGUUUGAUUCAAGUUUACGAAACUUAGUCUAGGUUGAGGUGGUGCACAAUAAAGCAUUAAAGAAACAACAUAAGUAGCUUUAUCUAUAUUAGGAUACAGUGUUGAGGGCCUAAGUUUAUAACGACGUUUAGACACCACCAGAGGUAUCAGAGAGCCUUAGCCGCUCAUGUUGUAGAAGCAGUUAUUUUGGUUCCCUACCAUUUUGUCUUUAUCGUUACUGUUGUUGUCGUAUGAGGAUUUUUGCAGCUUGAUAACAGUCAUAUAAACCAAGAUUUUAUCA